AUGAGGCUGUCACUGCACAUAGCGGUGGUCUUGCUCGCGGUGUACCACACCUGCAGAGCAGACCGUCUGUACCGCGCGAUCCUUAACAACCCGAUACAGAACUAUGCGGUGCUGGGUUCUCCGAUAUCAGCAGAUUUAAACGAGGAUGGAUACUUCUACCCAAAACCAAGCAUUCCAUUCCCACCACCGACAAGGCCUCCGCCACCACCACCGCCGCCACCAACAAGGCCACCCCCACCACCUCCACCACCAACGACAAGAGCUCCAACGUACAGCACAAUUUUAGAUGUAACUCGAACAACGGGAUACAACUAUCCGACACCCAAUAUUCCGUUUACUUUCCCAACAAGACCACCCCCGCCGCCGCCGACUAGGCCCCCACCACCACCACCGACUAGGCCCCCACCACCGCCACCGACUAGGCCCCCACCACCACCACCGACUAGGCCCCCACCACCACCACCGACUAGGCCCCCACCACCACCACCACCGACUAGGCCCCCACCACCACCACCGACUAGGCCCCCACCACCACCUCCAACUAGGCCACCUCCGCCUGCAACGAACAGACCUCCAACAUACAGUACUAUAUUAGAUGUAACUAGAACUACAGGUUAUAAUUACCCAACACCUAGUAUUCCUUUCACUUUCCCGACAAGACCACCACCUCCACCACGUACAACACGACCACCCCCACCUCCACCACCACCUACAACAAGACCACCACCGCCUCCUCCACCUCCAACAACAACAAGAAGACCACCGCCACCGAUAACAAGACCUCCUCCACCUUCAACAACUAGGGCACCAACUUACAGCACAAUAUUAGAUGUAACUAGAACUACAGGCUAUAGUUACCCAACACCUAGCAUACCUUUCACCUUUCCAACCAGACCUCCCCCACCUCCGCCAACCACCAGACCACCACCACCUCCACCUCCACCAACAACUCGACGUCCACCACCACCACCCCCCACAACUAGGGCUCCAACAUACAGGACUACUGGUUACGAGUAUCCAACCCCUAGUGUUCCUUUCACUUUUCCAACAAGACCUCCUCCUCCUUCUACUUAUUUACCCCCGUCAACUAGAAGAACACCACCACCAACCAGACCACCACCUUCAACUUACCUUCCACCUUCGACAACAAGAAGACCACCAACUCCCCCAUCGACGUACCUGCCUCCUUCUACAACAACACCACCACCGCCUUCUCCCCCAUCCACUUACUUGCCUCCUACAACGAGACCACCUCGGCCCUCAACUUACUUACCACCAUCAACGACGAGAAGACCUCCUACAACAACCAGACCGCCACCGCCACCCACUACUAGACCUCCUACUUAUUCCACUUUAUUACCUACCUAUAGAACUACUGGUUACGAUUAUCCUACACCAAAAAUAACCUUCACACUUCCAACGCGACCCCCAACUCAACCGUCUACAUACCUGCCACCAACGACUAGAGCACCACCAAUAUAUAUACCACCAUCAACUACCAGGGCACCUCCUGUGUACAUCCCCCCUUCAACAACAAGAGCACCUCCUGUAUAUAUUCCACCUUCGACCACAAGAGCACCACCAAUUUACAUUCCCCCCUCAACCACUAGAGCGCCCCCCAUAUAUAUCCCUCCAUCAACGACCAGAGCACCACCUAUAUACUUACCCCCUUCGACACGACCUCCAUUUAUCCCUGACCAGGGGUAUUUUUACGACAAACCUUCGGUACCUUUUGUGUUC